AUGAGAUCCGCUCUUCUGCUCACCUCGUUUGCUGCCUCUGCGCUCGCUCUCCAGGCAACUCCUCUUGCUAGGAGAUCGCUCUCCUUUGGGCCUGUGCUCCCCCAAGCACGCUUCAUUCUUGAUCCCCCCUCGGCGUCGCUCGCAGCGUCGGCAACCGCGGGCCCACGAGCGCUGGCCAUCCAGUUUGUCAACGAGCUCACUGCUCAGUAUGCUGGAGAAGGUCACUCGUAUUAUAUUCGCGAAGACUCGUACACAGACCCAAGGACCGGCGUCUCGCACUUCUACGUCCGCCAGCUCGUCCAGGGAAUCGAAGUUGCAGAUGGUAACAUUAAUCUCAACAUCCGUGAUGGCAAAGUAAUCUCGUUUGGUGACUCGUUCUAUCGCGGAGAGGCUCCACCGGUUGGCAUCUCUCCCAACACCGGCCUGAGCGCGUCCCAAGAGGGCUAUUGUCGCGAACUCCGUGCCCAGUUCCUCCAGCCUAUGCGCGCUGGCGGUGGUCAGACGACGCUCAACAACAAUGCACAUUUGCAGCGGAUCAUGAACAUUCAUGACAGCAACUGCCUCGUGCCCAGCGAACAUCUCGCGCGGAUCGGUAACCCCAAGGAUGACUAUUCUGACCCUGCUCGUGCUGCUUUGACAUUCAUGCUCCACGCGACCACGGAUCAACAACUUGCGUCGGACAUUGCCAACAACUUUGAACAACGCCUUGCCGGUAUUUCCUUCCAGUCCGAGAGUCACUUUGCGGGCUCAACGGGCGAGCACGACUUUUCGUUCCCUGUCGAAUAUCUUCACAACGUGCCAGGCGCGCAGAGACCCGUACGGGCUCACCUCGCCUACGUCCAGGCCCCAAUGGAAGAUGGUACGACUGAGCUGGCACUCGUCUGGAAGCUCGAGGUCGAGUUGCAGGACAACUUUUACGAGGCCGCCGUCCGUGUAUCGGACCCCUCGGUGAUUGUUCAAGUCGUCGACUGGGUGUCUGACGUGGGUGUUGAUUCGCACCGACUUGGUCGCCCAGGUGGCACGUACAAUGUCUGGAAGUGGGGUAUCAAUGAUCCCGACUGCGGAGAACGCUCGGUGGAAGAGUCGCCAUAUGACUCUGUGGCUUCUCCUCUUGGAUGGCACUCGAUGCCGGCCUCGAAGGAUGCCAAGUCGUACAACAAGCGCUUUGCAAAGGAUACCAUCCUCAACAUUACAAAGACGUAUGGCAACAAUGUUUACGCGCACGAGGAUUGGGCUGGCCGCAACGACUGGAUGGACAACUAUCGUCCAGAUGGUGGCAAGGAUCUUGUGUUCGAUUUCCCCUAUGAGCUCAAGACGGACAACGGAACCUGGGCGGACCCCAAGUCGUAUAUCGACUUGACCAUCACCCAGCUAUUCUAUACCACGAACAUGAUCCACGAUCUCUACUAUCGUUAUGGUUUCGACGAAAUCUCUGGCAACUUCCAGCAGUACAACUUUGAAAAGGGUGGAAAGGAAGGUGAUGCAGUGAUUGCCAAUGCUCAGGACGGCUCUGGCUACAACAAUGCCAACAUGAUGACGCCUCCUGAUGGUACCAACGGACGCAUGCGCAUGUACACUUGGAAUGUUCACGGAUACCCAUAUCGUGACGGAGAUCUCGAGGCUGGUAUCGUCAUCCACGAGUACUCUCACGGUCUCUCGACCCGUCUCACUGGUGGCCCAGCCGACUCGUCGUGCUUGGGCUGGGGAGAGUCUGGAGGAAUGGGAGGGUUGGGGAGACUUCCUCGCUACGACUAUCCGCAGUGUGAAGAAGUAUCACGACUAUCCCAUGGGUUCCUGGGCAGCCAACGAGACAAUGGUAUCCGCAACUAUCCCUACUCGACCAACUCGACCAUCAACCCGUCGACCUACAAGACGCUCGACAAGUCGGGCUACUUUGGUGUUCACGCCAUCGGUGAGGUCUGGGCUGAGAUUCUCUUUGUUGUCGAGAAUGCUAUGGUCAAGAAGCACGGAUUCUCCAAGACGUUGUUCCCCCCGAUCCCAGAUGCCACUGGCAAGUACCCCGAGGACAAUGACUUUUUCCGCCCGAUCACGUACGAUGCAAAGACGAACAAGCCAACGUCGCCCCCGAUCCCCAAGCACGGCAACUCGCUGAUGGUCCAACUUGUGUUUGACGGCAUGAAGCUGCAGCCUUGCCGACCUGGAUUUAUCGAGGCUCGUAACGCGAUCAUCCAAGCGGAUGAGAUUCUUACUGGUGGAGAGAACCACUGCUUGCUCUGGAAGGCGUUUGCCAGCCGUGGACUUGGAAAGGAUGCAUCGGUCGUUGGACGCACGCCUUGGGGUGGAGGAGUCCGCCGUGAUGGCUUCCAGGUGCCCACCAAGUGCGAGGAGUAG